AUGUCCAUAUUAUUAAAAGAAUAUUUAAAUGAAAAAGUUAUGGUGCUUACCACUGAAGGUAUCACUUUACUUGGACAACUAAACGGAUAUGAUAAAAACUGUAAUAUAACCCUACUACAUUGUUAUAUUUGUGGUAAAACAAAUGACAAUAAAACACAUCAAAUUAUUAGAGGUAGUGAAAUUGUUUUCAUCGCAUUGAUAGAUAAAGAAAAAAAAGGUAUUGAAGAAAAGGACUUAAUAAUAAAGAAAUUGCCUGAUACUAAGAAUAGAUUGUCUAACGAAUAUGUGAUAUGGGGAAAGGUUUGGGAAAAUUAUAAACAUCGAAGAUAG